GCCCUCCUGCCAACUUCGAAACCUCCGCCCCGGCGCAUAAACCCCCUCCUCGCCUCCUCCGCCCACGCUCCCUCCCUCCUCAACUUAUACGCCUCCUUCGCAGCCCAACCGCGCGCGAACACCAGCCUCUUGUCGCAUUCCGUCGCGAUGCAGUCCACUGCGGCCGUCUCCGUCUCCGCCUCGGCGAUCGCCUCCGGCGGCGGCGCCAGAUCCGAGGCCGCGCGGCGCCCCGGCGGGCUCCGGGUCUGCGGGCUCCGGGGAGAGGCUCUCGCGUGCCCCUCGCUGCGGAUCUCGCAGGCGCCAGCGAGGCUGGCGGUGGGGAGGGCGGCGGCGGCUACGAACGGCGCGGUGGCGGGGAGCGGCGGGUUCGACUACGACCUCGUCAUCAUCGGCGCGGGUGUCGGGGGCCACGGCGCCGCGCUGCACGCCGUCGAGGAGGGCUUGAAAACUGCCAUAAUUGAGGGAGAUGUUGUGGGCGGGACUUGUGUAAACAGAGGUUGUGUCCCAUCGAAAGCACUCCUUGCUGUCAGUGGUCGGAUGCGGGAGCUUCAUGAUGAACAUCAUAUGAAAUCUUUGGGUCUACAGGUUUCCUCUACUGGAUAUGAUAGACAAGCUGUUGCUGAUCAUGCAAACAAUCUUGCCUCCAAAAUCCGAAGCAACUUGACGAACUCAAUGAAAGCUCUGGGCGUGGAUAUAUUGACAGGUGUUGGCACUAUUGUGGGAAAGCAAAAGGUACGAUAUGGAAAAGUUGGCUUCCCUGAUAAAGAAAUUACUGCCAGGAACAUCAUAAUUGCCACUGGAUCAACUCCUUUUGUCCCUAAAGGCAUCGAAAUUGACGGGAAAACUGUAUUUACCAGUGAUCACGCACUAAAGCUUGAGUCAGUUCCAGACUGGAUAGCUAUUGUUGGAAGUGGUUACAUUGGACUUGAGUUCAGUGAUGUAUACACAGCUCUAGGAAGUGAGGUCACUUUUGUUGAAGCUCUUGACCAGCUGAUGCCAGGAUUUGAUCCUGAAAUUGCAAAAUUAGCACAGAGAGUUCUUAUUAAUCCUCGGAAAAUCGACUAUCACACUAGUGUUUUUGCAAGCAAGAUUACUCCAGCAAAGGACGGAAAACCUGUGCUCAUCGAACUCAUUGAUGCCAAGACAAAGGAGCACAAAGAAACCCUUGAGGUGGAUGCAGCACUUAUUGCCACAGGAAGGGCGCCAUUCACCAAAGGGCUUGGCUUGGAAAAUAUCAAUGUUGUCACACAGCGAGGUUUCGUACCAGUUGAUGAACGGAUGCGAGUCAUGGAUGCAGAUGGCAACGUGGUACCCAAUUUAUAUUGCAUUGGAGAUGCCAAUGGCAAGCUCAUGCUUGCCCAUGCUGCCAGUGCACAAGGAAUUUCAGUUGUUGAGCAAAUCUCUGGAAGAGACCACAUCCUAAAUCAUUUAAGCAUCCCAGCUGCUUGUUUCACUCAUCCAGAGAUUAGUAUGGUUGGACUGACAGAGCCACAAGCCAGAGAAAAGGCUGACAAAGAAGGAUUUGAGGUAGAUGUUGUUAAGACCAGCUUUAAGGCUAACACUAAAGCUUUGGCAGAAAAUGAAGGAGAUGGGAUUGCAAAGUUGAUUUACCGGCCGGACACGGGUGAAAUUCUUGGGGUUCACAUUUUGGGUUUGCAUGCUGCUGAUCUCAUCCAUGAGGCGUCGAAUGCCAUCGCCCUAGGAACUCGUGUGCAAGACAUCAAGCUUGCCGUCCAUGCGCACCCCACAUUGUCUGAGGUCCUGGAUGAACUCUUCAAAGCAGCUAAGGUUAAUUCGGGUGUUUCUCAUUCUGUAAAUGAACCAGUUGCAGCCUAGAGAAGGUCGGGACAGCAAGCUGAGCCAGCCACCCCAACCGCUCCUGAAGGCCCUCAGCUUCAUCACGGCCCUGCUAUCUUUCCCGAGACAGGAUCGGCAACAAUAGUUCAACAAGGGGAGGAGGUGUUGUAUUAUCUAACAUCUGCGGUGUAACGUCCGCAGCGUCAGAAAUACUCAGCGCACAUUUUCUUUGGUCCAAUUUUUGUAGAGGGUCCUCUGGCAGUUGGGUGGGUUUUUGUUGUUGCCUUCGUUUUUUGUUGCUUGUCCUGUAACUGUAAACUGCAAGUGCCGAGACUAGCUCCUCGCUUGUUUGAAAUAAUCGAUGUCCAGCCGGGUGUACCAUGAUUCAAAACGUCGAGGGAUUGUAUUUGAAGGUUGUAGCUUGGUCGCA